AUGGAUGUCUUGUCCGGACGCCAGAAGACCCCAGAGGAGAUACUGCAGCUGUAUCAGCAGGCCCUUACCUACGCCAUAAGGGAGCUCGACCGCGAGCGACAGAAACUCGAGCAGCAGGAGAAGAAAGUUAUAACCGAUAUUAAGACAAUGGCUAAACAGGGACAGGUGGAGGAUGUGAAGAUCCUGGCUAAGGACCUGGUCCGUAUCCGACGCUACGUGAAGAAGUACAUUAGCAUGAAAGCCAGAUCUCAGGACGUCUCCCAUAAAAUGCCGACAUUGAAGUCUAAUGACUCCAUGGCCCAGGCGAUGAAAGGGGUAACUAAAGCCAUGGCUACCAUGAACAGGCAGAUGAAAUUGCCCCAAAUCCAGAAGAUCAUAAUGGAGUUUGAGAAGCAGGCAGAGAUUAUGGACAUGAAGGAGGAGAUGAUGAAUGACGCUAUCGAUGGCGCAAUGGGGGAUGAGGAUGACGAGGAAGUAAGUGACGCUGAGGUAUCUCAGGUAUUGGAUGAACUGGGCCUAAAUCUUAUCGAUAAGCUCUCCAACCUACCGAGUACAGGAGGAUACCCCAGCGUGGCUGGAGGGAACAAUUAGGAGUCCACGGCUGCCCUGGCCGAUGCAGACCUGGAAGAGCGACUGAACAAUCUGCGACGGGACUAACGUUUAAAUCAUGUAUUUCAUGGACUCUUUAAGUCUUAUCUAUAUAAAAAAAAUAUUCUGUUAUGAGUGAGGAUGUAGAUGAAUAGGGUGGAACCUGGCGGAGGUUUAAAUGAAUGAUUUAUGCAUUAAACGCUUUUGGCAUAAAGCCAGGAUUUCCCCACAGUGAUGGUCCUCCACCCUCCGCUUUUGGCUGGUUCUGAUUCUUCUGUAGCUCAGACACUCCCUUUCUGCACAGGUCAUGUAGGUCCAAGAAGACUGAUCUGUCCGCAUAUUGAUGUCCUAAUUUUGCCUUCGUACUGGGUGACACAUAUAUAAAAAAUAUAUACAAUCUGUAAAACCAAAGGCUUAAAGAGCACCUGUAACUUGGCAGUGAGCAUGAUGUCAUUAUUAAGGAGGCGGUAGACUGGCUGUGUACAGGGAUGGACUGGC